CUCUUCUCUGCAUAUUUGCCUCCAUUUCCCAAACACCCAGAACCAAAAAUCCUGUCUUUUGCACCAAAGCUUUUCAAUAAGUCACACGGUUGCUUCUAAUACCAUUGUGGCGGAUCACUAAUUAUUUGGUGCAAUUGCUUCUUGAAUUCUGGAUUCUUUGUUCUUUCCCAGAGGAAAAUUGGCGGCGUUUUUCACACAUUAAAGAUGUUGGGAGAUUUAAUUAACAGAGGUCUUGUGUUGGUUCUUGGAUAUGCCUAUCCUGCCUUUGAGUGUUUCAAAACCGUGGAGAAGAACAAAGUAGAGAUAGAAGAUCUUAGCUUCUGGUGUCAAUAUUGGAUAAUCGUUGCACUUCUGACGGUUCUUGAGAGGAUUGGUGAUGUAUUUGUGUCAUGGUUCCCAAUGUAUGGUGAGAUGAAGCUUGCACUUUUUAUAUACUUAUGGUAUCCAAAAACAAAGGGAAGUGGCUAUAUCUAUGAGACCUUCUUGCGGCCAUAUGUAGCCAAGCAUGAGACAGAUAUAGAGAGGAAUUUGCAGGAAUUGAGGACCAGAGCAUGGGACUUGGCCAUUUAUUUUUGGCAAAACUUCACCAAUUUAGGGCAAAAAACAUUCUUCGAAAUGCUGCAAUACUUAGCAUUUCAGUCUGCAAACAUUACCAAGGCCGGCUCUGAGAAGACUGGCAAUCACUACACCACUGGAUCUCCUCCACCUCCUCCCAAAUCACCAUCAUCCUCAUUCAAGCGGCCCACCCAGGAGGAGUCCGACAAGAGGCGGUCGCCAUCUCCUCCACCAUCACUAAACUCGGACCGCUCGGAUUCCCAACCACACAAUCCAGAGACAGUACAAGUUCACCUCCACAGCCAGACACAAGUCAUCCACACCAAGGACACAUCAAUUUCACAAUCACUUAGUGGGCCUGGAUCAACCCACGCCUCACAAAAUGGCCUGGCCCAUGGCCUACACGCUGGUAGAUUCAGGUUUAGGCGCUUUAAAGGAAUCAAUUGAACGGUGUUAAAAUUGUAUAUUUAAAAAUACUCAAAAAUUCAGAAUUAUUUU